AAGUGCAAUGCUGGCUACGCUGGGACCAAUGGAGUUUGUACUGCAUGCAACGGAGGCACAUUCUCUCCUGUCCGCGGGUUGACGGCCUGCCUCUCGUGCACAUCUGGCACCAACUUCUCUUCAACCGUUGGAGCGACAACAUGCACAGCAUGCAACACAACCUGCCCAGCAGGAAGUUACAAGAGUGGCACGUUUGGGAAUGCGACUGGACUGACGAAGUGUUAUGAUUGCACGCAAGGUGUGAACUACGCGAACAAUAUUGGUUCGACUGAAUGCAAGUCCUGCAGCACGACACCGUGCCCCACAAACAAUGUCAAGAACGCUAAUUGCCAGGUUAAUGCGGACAGGACGUGCAAGUCCUGCCCAACUUUCUCGUACGUUGCAUCAGACAACUGUGUUUGUAAUGAUGGAUACGGUGGAGAUGCCAACACUGGUCAAUGUACGAUAUGUGAUGCGGGGAAGUUCUCAAACUCGACUUACACCACCUGUGAAGCUUGCCCCACCGACGCAUACAGCGCUCAGGGAAGCGGUUCUUGCUCGCCUUGCAGAAGCACACAAGCCUGCAACUCGAAUGAGAUCUCAUCCAACACGUGCGACCAAACAACUGGAAGGUACUGCACCACCUGCCGCAUAGACAAGACUGCGCUCAACAAUGUUUGUGUCUGCAAGCCUGGCUACUACUACAACUCAUCAUCAUCACUUGAAUGCAUCGCCUGCCCUGCAGGACAGUACCAGGAUGUCGCCAACAUGACAACCUGCAAGGCCUGCCCUGAUGGAAGCUUCAGCAUGGAAUCCGGUAGGUCGACUUGCACCACCUGUACGAAGUGUGCUGCUGGUACAUACUUCAAGGCCAACUGCACCAGCACGGCAGACGUCCAGUGUGACAACUGCGCAGCUGGAAAUUCAUCGCACUAUGGUGCGAUGAAGCAGUCAGAUUGCUUCAUGUGCCCUCCCGGCACCAUCUCCACCUCCGCAGGCCAAACGUGCAGCCCAUGCGCCACAGGGACAUACAACCCCUUCUACGGGCAGACUGCCUGC